AUGCAUCCAACCCACAAUUAUCGGCACUCUCGACGGUCUGCUUGUGAUCGUUGUCGCGGGCAAAAGUUGCGAUGCGAGCGUGAUCAUAUGAAUGGCAUGUCUUGUGAGCGAUGCCUUAAAGCUCAAGAAAUAUGCAUCACAAGUAUGAACCAGCCUGCACCGGUCAUAUUACCCUCAAACCAUAGUCAGAAUCUACUUGCCCGACAAGACCGUGAGAGCCAAAGAUUCAAUGAACGGCAUGAAUCAAUGUCUGUGCUUCACAAAUCGUCCGGCCCCAGAGUGAAGAAGUUAUUGCACUCCCCCUCUCCAAUUCCAGCGAGAUACAAUAUGAAUGAGCACCCCUACUGGGGAGGAGCGGCGUCAAUGCCGGCAUUUCCUGGAAGCAGCAUUCAUUCAUCCUCGGCGGACCCUGGGUUUAAUAUGCCCCUAGACUUUGGAAACAUAAUGGCUCCUGUUGAGCAAUGGGGUGAUCCUCAUUCGAAUUGGUCAACCAAUGCUUAUAACCUACCUUCUGAGUGGAUGCCUUCAGAUCAAAUAUAUCCCUGCGACGCAAAUUCUUGUUUUCCCUCUAUUUUCACCAGUGAUGCUCCACCAGGCGCCAGGCAAGCCACUGAAAUGGCAAUUUCCGUGCCUUUUCAAACUCAGCGUCUCAACUAUGGCGAGAACGAAUCGCUCUUUGCAAUAAAGGACUUUCCAGAUCCUGCGUGGGUGAAUCACCCUGACCUUGGAACUAUAAGCAAGCCCACCCCAAUGGCAACAGGCCAAGAAACUCUUUCCUCUACUCAAGACAUUCGCAAGAGUCUCUUGAGAUUGAAGGUGGGACUUCUUGAGGAUUUGGAGCUAUUUGAGACCGGAUCGAUGCUUCUAGAAUCUUCGUCCAUUUUCUAUGAAAAUUCUAAUUUGUCAAUUGAAACACUGGACCUUCCGAUAUAUCGUCUGCUUGAUCACUCCUCUUGGCUUUUGGCAAUUGUUCGAUCUUCAUGUGGUACGACCGAAGAGACCUUGGAUGUUAUAUUUGCUACACAACAAUUUGAAUCGGAGAGCAGAGGAUAUGAAGACUCUUUGUUUAUCCUCUCGGACGCUGGUGGCAAUGGCUUGGAUGAAGAUGCCACUACAGUAUCCACACAUGAUUCUGGGUAUCAUACGACGAGAACAUCACCGGAUCGAACGACAACACCUAAAAUCCCGAAAUGCGAUAUAGGACUGUGGCUUGGCAUAUUGGAGGCACAUUGCUCACUUGUCCGCAUAUAUCGUGCUGUUUUCAUGCGGUUGUACCAACUGUUUCUCAUCAUUCCUCCAGCUGAUGCGGCCACCAUUAUGUUGUUGCCAAAGGUACGGUUCGGGCAGUUUCAUUUGGAGGGAAAUCUCAUUGCUCAAGUUCAAUUAUUGGUUGAGUUCAGCUCUACAAUGUUGGAUAAGCUUGACCGAGCCCUUAAAUUGAGGUCAGGCUCAGCUCAAUUACAAGAGGAUGGAGAGUUCGAUUCAUCCAAGACAGUUCGCCAGAAAGAUUGGUCAACCUCAAUUCGCGACAUUGUCCUAGCACAAGAACAGGAUCCUCGUGAAAUGUCUUUGAUGGAAAUAAUGGAGUGCUUGCGGCAACUUGUUAAAGAUCCAGUGAUUAUUUAUGAGUAUGGUAUUUCAUGA